UUAGAUAUUCAGGUUUGGACUUUUAAAAUUAUUGCAUUGUUUGUCUCGAAAUAGAUUGCAGCAACUCACUAAUAUACACACAAUUUUCGAUUAUAUUUAAUUUAAUAAGGACAUUAUACUUUUGUUUUAGAUUGCAACUCAAUUUAUGAACGAUGUUAGGCUAUUGAUCCAUUCCAUCAGACAAGUUACCUGGGAUAAGUUUUUAGAGUAUUGAUCGUUUCAGCUUUUCAGUUUCAGCUCGCGGAUGGGUUUAGGUCAUCUAUAAUUUGAGUAUUUAUGAUUAAUUAUGAGUUCUUUUGGCAUUUCGCCUGAAGAGUUUGUGUACGCAGCUAGAGACUUCGUAGAUCUAUCAGAUAAGUACCGGGAUAGCUGGACUCUCCAUCAGAACGACAAUGAGAUCUUGCAAACUUACAUCCGUAAAGAAGAGUUCAUUAGUCACCGAGACGAGAACGACAAAGUAUUUCUUUAUAGGGCGGAAUACGUAAUCUUUUUUAAUCUUAGCUACGGCGUACCAUCGUUUAGCUUCAACGUCUGGGAUUGCUCUGGGAAAUUGCUUACUCUGGAAGAAGUCCGUCAGAUUUCACUAAUAAAAACUACAAAAGAAAACUUCUAUUCGGUGGUAUCCCAGCAAGAACACCCGGUGCUCUACAAGCCAUACUUCAUCGUCCAUCCAUGCAGAACGGCCGUCAUCCUCCAAGAGUUCAAGAGCAAAUCUAGGAACAUCAUUCUCACAUUCCUUGGCCUUAUUAUCCCUCUGGUGCAGUUGAACUUGCCGCUCGAGUUUGGUUUAUGACGAAGGGCUUAAAUGUCUCACCAGUCUACAACAAAUGCAAAAUCUUGAACAUUCCAAACAAUAUUUAUCCAUCAAAGUUUUGAAUACAACUUACAUACAAAUAUUAAAAAUUCAUAUUUGGAAUUGGAAAUUUUGCAUAAAUUGUAGCGAGAUAUUGAAGUGAGACAAUCCAUUUAAAACUUUUUAUGUCCUCUGUUAAUUUUUACGUAACACUCAUAUAAUUUUUGACAUAUUUUUCGUAAAUAUAUUUACUUAAACUCAUUUCGUUUUUGUUCAUAUGCAUUUAAUUAAAAAUUAAUACCUGUAUAUUGUGAACUUUGGUUUUAAUUAGUUUUUUCAUAGUUUGUAAGCGGCCAACAUAUAUAUGUCUUUUUUUACUAUGUACUGGCCAUUACCAGAUAAGAAUGUGUAAUCUUCAUUUUAAAUAUAAAAAAAUAAGUGUUUUAAUUAUUAAACUUACAUGUAGUAUGUGUUAUGUGGUAGAUUUGACAUAGUUUAAGAGUUUUAUUCCCAAAAAAAAAAAAAAAGAUUAAGAGAUUUUAAAUCUGUCAGCUCUUUUUAAAAUUAGCUUUAGGAUAAGUGAAUAUUAAAAUUUUAUCUUUACCUUUUAACUGAAUGUGUUUUAGGUACAUGUGUAUCCUGAUUUUUAAUACUCCUAUGUAUGUUUAGAAUCAAUUUAAUCAAAUUAAAUAAUUUAACAAAGUAAUGAAGAGCCUACAACUGUAGCUAUAUAAUCUCUAGUCAUUAAUGUCACAAAAUAUAAAAAAUAAAAGGAAA